AUGCAGAUUAAUGUAAACAUGCAAAGUGUUUUCACACGACCAUCCGCUCGGACCCUAACAAAAAAACGCCAUGACCUUGAAUCCUACAAACAAGACCUUCAAAUCGACGACCAUCUUAUCACCAUCCACGAGUUGGAAAAACGCUUCUCAACUAAUGUAGAAUCUGGUCUAAGCUCAGUCAGUGCGAAUGAACUCUUAGCUCUCCACGGUCCCAAUAUGAUCAAACCAAAAAAGGCAACACAUAAAUGUUUAAUAUUGACCUACCACAUGUUCUACAAUUUUGCGGUCCUACUAUGGAUUGGAAUCAUCUUAUCCCUGACAGGAUUCACAGUAUCAUACCUUCACAAUCCAGAAGAAACGAAAUAUCACCAGGUUUAUGUAGCGAUUGUUUUGUUCAUUGUUAUCAUGGCGACUGGUAUCUACGGGUAUUACCAAGAAGCCCAACAUUCGCAGAUUGAAGAAACCUUUCAGAAACUAAUGCCGAAGUUUGCUUAUGUUAUCAGAGAUGGAGAACUUAUGUAUGUGAAUUCAAAAGAUCUUGUUAUCGGGGACUUGGUACGUCUGCAAGCAGGUGAUUGCGUACCAGCUGAUAUCCGGAUAACCCAAGCAUCCGGAUUGAAAGUGGAUAAUAGUUCCAUCACAGGAGAAAAUGAACCACAGUUGAGAUCUAUUGAUAUGACUGAUUUAAAUCCUUUGGAGACAAUGAAUAUAGCUUUUAAUGGUACCACGGUUGUUGAAGGCAGUGGUAGAGGUAUCAUAUUCGCCUGUGGUGAUGAUACCUGCAUCGGCCAUAUUGCUGCACUCACAGCAGGUUUAGAAAUAACACAAUCACCGAUCCAGAAAGACCUCGCUAGGUUUCUCAGUAUUAUCACUGCAAUAGCAAUAGUCAUAGGUGUUUCGUUUUUCGUAAUCUGCAUGUGUUUCGGAAACAAUUUCUUCGAAUCUUUUAUAUUUGUACUUGUCAUCGUUGUCACUGCUAUACCAGAAGGAUUAUUGGUUACUUUAACUGCCUCUUUGACGUUGACAGCCCGAAAACUCUAUAAGAAGAAUUGUCUUUGUAAGAACCUUAACGCCAUUGAGACCCUAGGAUGUAUUUCAGUGUUGUGUUCGGAUAAAACAGGAACUCUGACACAGAAUAACAUGACAGUAUCACAUAUGUACUAUGAUGGAGUGAAUGUUGAUGUGUUGACAGAGAAGUAUCUUCCUGCAAAUACCCCAGGGUUUGAUAAUUUGUGUUUGGUGGGGAUUUUGUGUAGUCGGGCAAAGUUUGAAGAAGGACAGGAACAUCUCCCGGUUAAAAAUAGGGCAACCAAAGGAGAUGCUAGUGAAUCAGCUGUUUUGAAAUGUCUGGAGGUUUUCACAGGAAGACAAACGCGAGAUAUACGGAGAGAACAUCGUAAAAUAUUUGAAGUUCCUUUCAAUUCUACAAGCAAGUAUCAACUGUCAAUUCAUACAAUCCCAGAUGACCCACGUUUGUAUCUGGUCAUGAAAGGAGCUCCCGAGCAAGUAAUAGAGAGAUGUUCAUGGAUAUCAAUGAAUGAAACAGUUGAGGAACUUACUGCUGUGAGGAAACGACAACUUAAACUUGCACUUCUAGAAUUAUCAUAUAUGGGCGAAAGGGUUCUUGGUUUUGCUGACCUGUUACUCUCUGAGGAAUACAAAGCUAAUUACGAGUUUAACUUAGAUAGGGAUGACUUCCCCACAGAAGGUCUUAGAUUCGUAGGGUUUAUAUCCAUGAUAGAUCCACCUAGAACCGGGAUCAAACAAGCAGUGACCAAGUGUAAAGAUGCGGGUAUUAAGGUCAUCAUGGUAACAGGUGAUCAUCCAAUUACAGCAAUGGCCAUCGCUAAAAAAGUAGGGUUAAUAUCUCCCGAAAGCCUCACAGUGUUCGACAUUGCAUUGAGAAGAAACAUAUCAGCUAGUAAGAUCACAGAAGCAAUGACAGUCCAAUGUGACGCAGCAAUCAUCACCGGAAGUGACCUCUGGGAGAUGGAUUCCGAUGAACUUGAUAACAUAAUCAUGACUUAUGAUGAAAUAGUGUUUGCACGGACAAGUCCCCAACAAAAGUUACACAUAGUAGAAGCAUUCCAAAGAGUAGGUUAUGUUGUGGGAGUUACUGGGGACGGAAUAAAUGAUUCCCCUGCUUUGAAGAAAGCUGAUAUAGGUAUUGCUAUGGGUGAAUCCGGAUCAGAUGUGGCUAAAGAAUCUUCUGAUGUGAUUAUACUAGAUGAUAACCUAUCAACAAUUGUGAUAAGUAUAGAAGAAGGUAGAUUAAUCUAUGACAAUAUGAAGAAAGCCAUUGCCUACCUCCUAACCUCAAAAUGUCCUGAACUAAUGCCAUUUGUGUUGCAUGUGACUAUAAACAUUCCAUUAGCUAUAAGUAUAAUCUCAAUUCUUGUAAUUGACGUGGGGACUGAUCUCUGGCCGUCGAUUUCGUUGGUUUAUGAAGAACCAGAAGCGGAUACCAUGUACCGUCCACCACGAGAUGUCUCCACUGACAGAUUAGUAACAAUGCGGAUGAUUUACUACGCGAAUUUGAUUAUUGGUGUUGUGCAAACCUUCGCUGGAUUUUCAUGUUGGUUUUUUAUAAUGGCUGAAAAUGGGUUUCUUCCUAAUAGACUUUAUGGUAUCCGUGAAGAAUGGUAUUCAUCGCAAAAUGAUUUAGUAGAUUCCUAUAAACGUGAAUGGUCCAGUGAAGAACGUAGACAUUUAACAAUGAAAGGUUUUUCUGCUUAUUUCUUAGGAAUAGUAGUUACACAAUUCUCCGUGUGUAUUAUUGCUAAAACUAGAAGAAUAUCUAUUCUGCAGCAGGGUAUGGCGAAUACUGUGAUGAAUUUCGGACUUUUAUUCGAAUUAGUUUUGGCAUGUAUGUUAGUCUACUGUCCGUACGUGAAUGAAUUCUUUUCGUUUUCGCCUGUGCAGAUCUACGUCUUAGCACCGGCGAUACCAUUUGCACUUUGUAUAGUUUUAAUGGAUGAGAUGCGGAAGGCGUUGAUAAGAUGGCGGCCGGGCGGGUGGUUCGAACGAGAAACUUACUUUUAAUUAGUUUUUACGUCUUUAAGUACAAAGUUUGAUUGUGUUUUAAUUGUAAUUUUAUUGAGUUUAGACUAGACACGUUUUAUUAUUAUUAGUUUCAAUUAAGAAUAUAUACCAAAUGUUUAUAAAUUAAAAAAAAUUAUAUUCAAGUGAAUAAAGUAUAGUAUUUUAAUGAUGUAA